AAGCCGGACGGCCGCCAAGCCCCCACUCGGCCCCGCCCCCAGCCCCCCGACACAUUCACUGACGAACCGCGGGCUCGCACCGGCUCACCUGAUUGGGACAGCAGUUGCAAGGGGAUGAGCGAGCGUGUCCACAGCAUCAACCUCCACAACUUCAGCAAUUCCGUGCUCGAGACCCUCAACGAGCAGCGCAACCGUGGCCACUUCUGUGACGUGACGGUGCGGAUCCACGGGAGCAUGCUGCGGGCCCACCGCUGCGUGCUGGCGGCCGGCAGCCCCUUCUUCCAGGACAAGCUGCUGCUGGGCUACAGCGACAUCGAGAUCCCGUCGGUGGUGUCGGUGCAGUCGGUGCAGAAGCUCAUCGACUUCAUGUACAGCGGCGUGCUGCGCGUCUCGCAGUCGGAGGCGCUGCAGGUGCUGACGGCGGCCAGCAUCCUGCAGAUCAAGACGGUCAUCGACGAGUGUACGCGCAUCGUGUCGCAGCACGCGGGCGACGCCUACCCGGCGGCGCCCACGGACUCGGGCCGCGACACGCCGCGGGGCACCCCCGAGUCGGGCACGUCGGGCCAGAGCAGCGACACGGAGUCGGGCUACCUGGCGCCGGGCCCGGCCCCGCACAGCGUCGACCGCAUCUACUCGGCCCUCUACGCCUGCUCCCUGCAGAACGGCAGCGGCGAGCGCUCCUUCUACAGCGGGGCGCUGGUCAGCCACCACGAGACGGCCCUGGGGCUGCCCCGCGCCACGGCCGCCGCCCUGGAGGAGCCCGGCUGGAUCACGCGUAUCCACGAGCGAUCGCAGCAGGUGGAGCGCUACCUGGCCGCCGCCGCGCCCGAGACCACGCACUGCCGCAAGCAGCCGCGCCCGGUGCGCAUCCAGACGCUGGUGGGCAACAUCCGCAUCAAGCAGGAGCUGGACGACGACGACGACUGCUACGGCCGCGGGCCCCGGGUCCCGCCCGAGCGGCGCGGCGGAGAGGCGGCCGACGGCCCCGAAGACCCCGACCCGGCCGAGGGCGCCGACGGCGAGCCCAAGGGCGAGAGCUUCGACUCCGGGGUCAGCUCGUCCGUCGGCACGGAGCCGGACUCGGCCGACCAGCCGCUCGCCGGCCGCGAGGGCCCGGCCGACCCCGCCCCGGCCGACCGCCCCGACCCGCCGGCCCCGGCCUCGGCCCCCGGCCCGGACCCCGUCCCCUCCCCGGAGCGGGCCGGCGAGCGGACCGGCGAGCGGGCCGGGGAGGGCGACGCGGACGGCGCCCUGCUCGCCCUGGGCCACGGCGGGCCCGACAAGGGCGCCCCGCAGCCCGCGGCCCAGCCCCUGCCCGGCGCCCAGCUCUACCUGCGCCAGACGGAGACCCUCACCAGCAACCUGCGGAUGCCCCUGACCCUGACCAGCAACACCCAGGUCAUCGGCACGGCCGGCAACACCUACCUGCCCGCCCUCUUCACCACGCAGACGGCCGGCGGCGGCCCCAAGCCGUUCCUCUUCAGCCUGCCGCAGCCCCUGGCCGGGCAGCAGGCGCAGUUCGUCACCGUGUCCCAGCCGGGCCUGUCCACCUUCACGGCCCAGCUGCCGGCGCCCCAGCCCCUGGCCCCGCCGGCCGGCCACGGCGCCGCGGGGGGCCCCGCCGAGAAGAAGCCUUACGAGUGCACGCUCUGCAACAAGACUUUCACCGCCAAACAGAACUACGUCAAGCACAUGUUCGUCCACACGGGCGAGAAGCCGCACCAGUGCAGCAUCUGCUGGCGCUCCUUCUCCCUGAAGGACUACCUGAUCAAACACAUGGUGACCCACACGGGCGUCCGGGCCUACCAGUGCAGCAUCUGCAACAAGCGCUUCACCCAGAAGAGCUCUCUGAACGUGCACAUGCGCCUGCACCGCGGGGAGAAGUCCUACGAGUGCUACAUCUGCAAGAAGAAGUUCUCCCACAAGACCCUGCUGGAGCGCCACGUGGCCCUGCACGGCUCCAGCAACGGCGGCCCGGCCCGCGCCGGCCCCCCCGGCCCACCCGCCUGCACAGAGGGCACCACCUACGUCUGCUCCGUCUGCCCCGCCAAGUUUGACCAAAUCGAGCAGUUCAACGACCACAUGCGGAUGCACGUGUCAGACGGAUAAGUACAUCUUCUCACUCUCUCCCUUCCUCCCUCCCUCCCUGGUCCCCCAGCCAUCUCUCCCCCCUCCCCCCACCUCCAUUUCUU